AUGACGAGAGAUGCGACUUUGGGCACCUCAGCCGCGUGGGAGCCCAACAAGUCGCUUCAACAACAACCGAUACGUCGACGACAUCAUUUUUAUGAAUUACCAGCAACGUGUCUUGAACGCAUAUUUGGCUAUCUGAGCAGUAGAUCCGAUUUAGUGCAUGCAGCUCUUGUGUGCCGUGCAUGGACAACACCAGCGUUAAAGUUGAUAUGGGCCAAUUUCCGUUUUGUACGAGAACGUGAUUUCGAACGAGUGUUUUCAAUCAUGGCUCGACAGAAUGUAUCACGACCUUAUGGCACGUAUGUCAAAGCACUCGAUCUUGUGCAUGCAGACCGGGAAUUUCUCGUUAGCCCCAAUGUCAUUCUACUUGUCACCGCUUUGUGUCCAAAUCUUGAAUCCAUAUCCAUCACCAUUCAUCAUACUCGACCCGUGGCUCCACCCGUGGUUCCACCCAUCCUACAAAAUCGUCCCGUUUUACCACCUAUUCGACGUCCUGGAGACGCUCAACCUGUACGUCCACAACCACCAGCUGCACCAAAUCAUCAACUUCAUAAUAAUCAUCAUGCAAACAAUAUUCGCUCACCACCACAACCACAACCUAUUAACAACAACAAUCAUCAGCAUCCUCCUCAUCAACAACAACAACAACAUCCGCAUCCUCCACAACAACAACAGCAACAACGUCAAUACAAUCACUCAUUACCGCUGGCUCAUUUCGCUCACAAUUGUCGCAAAUUGAAAACGAUACGAUUGACAUCAUAUACACCAAAGACGGAUGACUCGGUCUAUGAGAUGGCAAAAUACAUGCAAUCGGGUACACUCGAGUCCAUCAUGUUGACAGGUUGUGGCACAUUACAAUCAUCGACAUUGGUCAAGUUGGCUAUCACCAAUCCACAAUUACGACAUAUCGAAAUCAUGGGCAACACGCCGGUGAGUGAUUCAAGUUUACGUGCACUAGCGGAACGUUGUGGACCCCAUCUCGAAAGUAUCAGCAUUGGCAAUGCAUACAACCUCACCGACAAGUCCAUCGCUGCAGUCGCCAAGUAUUGCAGGAAUCUCAAGUUACUCAAGCUUUUCAACAAUGCCGAUGGUAAUCGUUUGAGUGAAGCGACCUUGCUAGAUCUCUUGGAACGAUGCAUCCAUCUACGUCUUAUCAGUCUCAGCAACGCACGUAUCCUUGGUGAAUCCUUUUUUGCUAUCGCUGCACAACGUGUCGAACAUCAAUUGGGAGUGAUCGAGAAACAACAUGGCAUGUCAACCCAUUCAGGUCUUCAAAGCAUGUGCUUGGGUGGCGUCAAACGACAAAUCAUUGAUGGCCCUUCACUCGCCCAUCUUAUUGAUAUGAGUGCCAGCAAAAACGACAACCUUGAUGAUGGUGACGAUGACGAUGAUGACAACAAUAAUGGCAUCAAUGGCAACGGCACAACAAUUACAUCCCCCACUGAACAUACCCUUGCACCAACACCAACCCAUGUCCCAAAGACUACUGUCAUUCGAGGAAACACAGUCUGGUGGCAACGGCGGCGACCGGUACUAUCCAAGCCAAGUUAA